CUUGAUCAUUACUACUAUUCUCAAAUAGUAAGUCUCAAUCAGAAUCCUCCCAAUGUUAAUGCUGACUUCAACAAAAUAACUGAAGUAGAUCCGGUUUUAACUUCAAUAUUCCAAAUUGAAUUCUUUGGUGAGCAUUACAAGUGGUUAAAUAUAUUCGACAUGG